UAGCGCUAUAUAUAUAUAUAUAUGUACUAAUAUAAAAUAUUUUAACGAUCUAAGGUUUUGAUUUCUCUAUGAAUCAAAAAUAUUAACAUGAAAUUUAUCAGUAGUUUUCUAAUCUUUGAAUUUUGUGAUAAAUGAUUUAACAUAUUAUGUUAUACGUCUAUGUAGUGGUAUCUUCAAAAUAAUAAGUAUCAGAAUAUGUAAAUAAUAUCAGAAUUUGUAAUAAUGUCUGAAAAAAUUCCAUCUAAUCAACCACAACCAAUUGUUAAGAUAGGCCAUUAUACUCUUGGACAAACUCUAGGUGUUGGAACAUUUGGUAAAGUAAAAAUUGGAGAACAUGUAUUAACAAAACAUAAAGUUGCUGUGAAAAUUUUGAAUCGUCAGAAAAUCAAAAGUUUAGAUGUGGUUGGAAAGAUUAGAAGAGAAAUACAAAAUCUUAAACUUUUCAGACAUCCUCAUAUUAUUAAAUUAUAUCAAGUUAUAAGUACACCCACAGAUAUAUUUAUGAUAAUGGAAUAUGUAUCAGGUGGAGAAUUAUUUGACUAUAUUGUGAAACAUGGCAUUAAGGAAUAUGAGGCACGAAGAUUUUUUCAACAGAUUAUUUCUGGUGUUGAUUAUUGUCACAGACAUAUGAUAGUUCAUCGUGAUUUAAAACCAGAAAAUCUUUUGUUAGAUCACAAUCUACAUGUAAAAAUAGCAGAUUUUGGUUUAUCAAAUAUGAUGAUGGAUGGAGAAUUCUUACGUACUUCUUGUGGUUCUCCUAACUAUGCAGCACCAGAAGUAAUUUCGGGUAAAUUAUAUGCUGGCCCUGAAGUUGAUAUUUGGUCUUGUGGAAUAAUACUUUAUGCUUUACUUUGUGGUACUUUACCAUUUGAUGAUGAACAUGUACCAACGCUUUUCCGUAAAAUUAAAUCUGGAGUUUUCCCUAUUCCAGAGUACCUGAAUAAAAGUGUUGUAAGUCUUUUAUGUCAUAUGUUGCAAGUGGAUCCUAUGAAAAGAGCAACUAUUGAAGAUAUCAAGAAACAUGAAUGGUUUCAAAAGGAUUUACCUUCAUAUUUAUUUCCGUCGCCUGUUGAACAAGAUUCUUCUGUAAUCGAUAUAGACGCAGUAAAUGAAGUUUGCGAAAAAUUUAAUGUAAAAGAAGCUGAAGUUCAUUCUGCAUUAUUAGGUGGAGAUCCUCAUGAUCAACUGGCAAUUGCUUAUCACUUGAUAAUAGACAAUAAAAGAAUUGCAGAUGAAGCUGCUAAAGCAGAAUUAAAAGAUUUCUAUGUAGCUUCUAGUCCACCUCCUGUUGCUUUCAGUCCCAAUGAUACCAAUAGUAGUCCUCUGAGACCACAUCCAGAAAGAAUAGCGCCAUUACGAGAAAGACAAAGUUCUCAAGGAAGCACAUCAUCCUCAACACAAGGUGCUCGUGGUACACCAAUAAAACGGGCUAAAUGGCAUUUAGGAAUUCGUUCGCAAUCUAAACCAAAUGAUAUCAUGAAUGAAGUUUAUCGGGCAAUGAAAGCUCUUAAUUUUGAAUGGAAAAUUAUAAAUGCUUACAGUGUUAGAGUUCGUCAAAAAAAUAAAUUAACAGAUAGAUAUAGUAAGAUGUCAUUACAACUUUAUCAAGUUGAUUAUAAAAGUUACUUAUUAGAUUUUAAAUCCUUGUCAAAUGAAGAAGAAGAUAUUGGACGAGAUCCUACAAUUCCACCACCUCAAACAACAGGUCAUCAUACAAUGGAAUUCUUUGAAAUGUGUGCAGCAUUAAUCACGCAAUUAGCUCGAUAACUUUGCUGCAUAACAUGAGUUAUCAUUUUACAGAAUUAUAUUAUUAUCAUAUUUUAUUUUUCAUUGUAUAUUAUAACGCGUAUCAAUGCAGUUUAGGAUAAAGGGAACAUUUAGAACGAAAAUGAUAUCAAUUUCAUAAAAAAAAUGAGUAAAAGAAGAGAAGAAUGUAAUAAAUCUAUAGAAGAUCAA